AUGUCCACCAUCGUGUUGAACGAGAAAGAUGGCGGCCCAACGACGAAGCGAAGCUGUGAUGUUUGCAGGAGGCACAAGAUUAAAUGCGACGGCUCGCAGUCCAAAGACGGAGUUUGUUCUCACUGUACACAUUUUGGACUUCAAUGCACCUACCUUGAGCCAGCAAAGCGCCGCGGACCGAAGAAGAAAGAAAGCCGCAUAGAACAAUUGCAACAGCAAAUCGUGGCUCUUGAGGAAAAAUUGCGGCAACUUUCGGUCUGUGCAGUCUGCUCUCAACCCCUUUCUCUUUCGAGCCGCGUGUCGCAAGAUUUGGUACGCUCAGGCGCUGGAGCUGCUCUAAACAGGCAACCAGCGGACUCCUCAAGCUCUUCUUCCGAUAGCGACGAGGAUGAGAUAUUCGUGUCGCAGUUCGGCUGCCUGUCCCUUGGACCCAAUUUCAGCUUUGGUGCGGGUUUCAACUUCGUUCUCGCUGCGAAAGCUGUCACCCCUGACGACACUCCCCCCGGGAAGAAAGUAGUAAAAGAGGCAUUCAAGGACCUAGAUUGCAAUCAAAUCCCACUCUGGGAACAACAACUUUAUGAACGCCGACCACUCUACAUCUUCCCUGAAAGCGACCUGAUGCACGAACUUGUGGGCCUCUACUUUGAAAAUGUCCACCCAACAUUACCCAUCUUACAUCGAAAGUAUUUUGAGUCUGCGCUGUCAGAAGGAUUGCAUCUCACAGAUGAUCACUUCGCUGCUGCUCUUCUUGCAGUUUUAUCAGUGGCCUGCCUGUAUUCAGAUGACCCUCGCAUUUUCCUUGACGGGUACUCGGCCCACUCUUCCGGCUGGAGUUUCAUCAACCAAGUCACUGUUCUCCACAAAGGAUGCGAGGCCAACAUCUGGGACGUCACAUAUUAUCUGCUUCUCACGGUUUAUACUCUGGCCACUUCCAAGGCACAGGACAGCUGGAUAUAUCUUGGCAUCGGGAUACGCUUUCUACAACAACGCGGGGAUCGAAGAGUUAAAAUUGGGUCCGAGGAAGAGAGCAAUACCCUGAAUGAUAUGUGGGGACGUGCGUUUUGGUCCUUCGUGGUGAUGGACCGAAUGCUAUCUGCGCUAUUUGGACGCCCUACUACCAACAUCGGGCUAGAUGUCGAGCUUCUGGCUUUUCCACGCAGACAAGAGGUGCAAACUUACGCAAGCAUCUAUAAUCGUCUGUGCUGUAUUCUCGAUGAUGCGAUGCACAGGGUUUAUGGGAGCAAUACGCGCACACGUGACGACCCAAGCACGCGUGAUCUGCAACGGCAUAUCGUAUCUGAAUUGGAUUCGGACAUGAAUGACUGCUUCAACUCGAUACCCGUGCACUUAUCAUGGAAUUCUGGGGCUUCCAUUGACAAUAGGUCACCUCAAUCCUACGAUCAGGCUUUCAUGUUAUACGUUAUCUAUCACUACGUUCGCAUUGUGAUACAUCGACCAUACAUUGAAAAGAGCAAUAUUCUCGCCGCUCCGUCGCUCUCAAUAGCCGUCAAUGCAGCAAGCUCCAUUAUUCAGGCCGCCGAUGCGUGGAUCAAAGUCCGUCAACGUCUUCUACCCACUCUCGUCGUCUGCCCCGUGUUUAUCGCCGGAACGACCUUGAUAUUGAGUAUGUUUGGGACAAAAACAUCGAAUAUCGUCCCGUCACUCUCAAAAGGCAAGGAGCUGAUCGCCCAAACGAUGUCCAUAUUGGAAUAUGGAGAGUCGCGACGCUCGCCUGAUGGAAGACUCAAGCGGCUCCUAGUAAGGCUACGAUACGUGGGGUGUCCCUGGGCAUACUCGGAUUGUCCUGAACCAACCAGUGGGGGAAGAGCCACUGGUGAAAACAUCAAUUCCACCUCGGAUGCAGACCACUUCUUGUCACAUUCGGACUCCUACGAAUUGCGACCAGGAGUCACCAUUGAGGAAUUACUCUCCGGGAUGGAACCUCCGUCGAUGCUUCCUCCAGUCCCAAAGCCAGACGAGCUCGACCUAUCCUACUGGACGGCUGCCCCCAUCAACUUCUCAAACGUCAUGGAAUGGGAUUCAUUUAUCGAACACAACCUCCCUGUUGACCAUCUUAACAACGAGCCCUUGCUUCCGUGGGAAUAA